AAGGUUGACAAUGUUUGACUUUUAGUAGUAGCUUCGCCUACAUUUUAGAAUAAUUAAAAUAAUAAAUUUUAGUGAAACUUUAUUUUGGCAGGAAAUUUAUAAACAGCCAAAAUGUCUUUGGAAUACUACGUAAAAUGGUGGAUUGUCUCCAAGGAGUUGGAAAAAGCUAUGAUGGGAGUGGAUGCAGAGAUGAUGAAGAAAGUUAAGAAUCCAGUAGAAGGAAGACCAAAAGUAAAUUUGUUCUUAGGGGAGCUAUACGUGAAGUACUGCCUUCUUGUGCAAGCUCUAGACAUAUGCUUGGAUCAAAUGCAACAGCCUCAAAAACGACCAACUGUAAAAAAAUUAGUGGAUGCCGCAGCGAUAAGACUUUUAGAAAUCAAUGAACAAUUAAAGAAAGUACACUUUUCCGAAAUGGUGAAUGUGGAUGGUACAUUAAUUGAACAAAUGCUCAUCCCUACGUACAUAGAAAUGAUACAUUCUUCUCUACUAUUUCCUAGGCCCAUAGAGGUGGAUGAUAUGUAUAAAAAGUAUAAGAAAGGAGAAAUGCUGUUUGAUAUAGUGGCAGAGCAACUUAAAAAGGAACAAGAAGAGAGGGCACUUCAAGAAAGAAUAAGACUCAUUUCUGAAGGAAUAGACAUAACAAGGAAAGAAUCUGAAACCUCGGCAGCAGCUCAGGUUAAACGUAGUGAACAUAAUAUAGGGAAGGAGAAGAAAGUUCGAAUGAGACGAAUGUCUCAAGUGUUUAAAGGAGGCAUGGCAACUAAACCUUCAGAAACGGCCUUUAUGAGGUUUGAGAAAGAGAGGAAGAGAAAUGCCAUUACUCUAAUACAAACAAUGGAACGUGCAAGAUCCGCACGUCUUUAUGUCAUGGAAAUGGAGUCAGCUAAAAGGGCGAGAUAUAUAACGUUUGGCUUAAAACCACCUCCACCACCAGAUCCGGUUAUUUUGGCAAAUGCAGCAACAGCUUUUCAGAAACUUUGGAGAGGUCAUACAGCCAGGCAGUAUUUAAAAAGACGAGACGAUCAAAGAAGACUACUAAUAGGGAUGAACGAACCUAGUUGGAAGUGUUACAAAGAAUUUGAAGUUUUCAAACAAAAUAUAAUUGAUAGACGAAACGUUAGAGAUCAACGUCGAAAAGAAUAUCAUCAGGCAAUUCUAGAUGAGAGAAAUCGACUUCUUCGUGAAAUGGCUCCAGGUUUAUUUGAGGACAUAACUGACGAAAUCAGAGCUUGGUUCCAUCAUUGGUACGACCAGAUUAAAAUGUUUGAUAAGUAUCCACCAGAGAAAGUUGGCGGUUCUAUUUUAAUAGUACGUCUUGAAACGUUUACACCUAAGGAAUAUCUGGAUGAUUAUGAAGCGAAACGAAGAGCCAAAGUGAAGGGCAAUAAGAUGAACGACGCAAAAUUAAAAGAAAAGUUAAAAAAGGAAAAGGAAUUAGAAAAACAGAAACUUAAAAAAGAGGCUGAAAGGAAAAAGAAGGAUGCUUUGCAGAAGAAGAAGAAAUUUGAGAAGCUUAUCAAAAAUGGUGAAUACGAGUACGAAGUGGAGACCGAAACGAAUGUGUACGAUCUAUUUAACCAGGGAAACGCGGAGUAUUUAAAAUUUUGGGAAAUGCGAAAUGAUAUGGAUAAUCCGAAACAAGUCCACUACAUGGAUAUAAUUCAUGAGGAUAAGUGUCAUGAAAUUCAAUUAGAGGUUAGAAGGAAAGUUGAUGAAGUAAUGAGAAUAGAAUUGGAUUUGUUAAAGGAUGCCAGAGAGAGCGACAUCUCUAGGAUGACUGGUAAAAAGAAAAAAGGAAAGAAAGGUAAAAAAGACAAAAAAGGUAAAGGAAAAAAAGGUGGAGGUAAAGGUAAAAAAGAUCCAUUUGGUAACAAUCCGCCAGAAAAAGUUUUUCAAGAACUAUUAGAUUCCGGGAUAAUAAGAACUUACCCAGAAGUUGAACUCACACAAUUUCAUGGCGAUUUUAACUAUAAGACGGAAAACUUUUUGGAAAUGGGAUUGUUCAGUCCACCUGGUCUAUUGGAAGUUAGACAAGCAGUGGUGAUGAAUUGCGUUAUACCUCUUGGAAUUGGAGAAUAUAAGCGACCUAAGUCUGUACUUAUUUGUGGGCCACGACAAUCUGGGAAACACAUAUUGGCUAAUUCAGUAUUUAAUUUAACUCAGUGUGUUCUUUUUGAUCUCUCGCCAGAAGUUACUGCAGGAAAAUAUGUCGGGAAAACUGAGACGAAAAAUUUUCUAGCUAUUGUCAACAAAAUGGCUCGACUGUUGCAACCAUCCAUUAUAUUUGUAGAUGGAGUGGAAAAAAUGUUUUACAAGAAGGUGCCAAGUGAAGAAAAGGAGAUGGACCCCAAACGUUUAGGUGCAAGCCUUACAAAAGCAAUAAUCAAACCUAUAAAACCCACAGAUCGAGUUAUGGUUUUGGGAAUAACUGGAAGACCGUGGUUGGCACAAGCAGCAAAACUGAAGAAAAAUUUUGAAAGGACAAUAUUAAUUCCUCGGCCAGAUUACAACAGUAUAUACAUGUUUUGGAGGGAGUUACUUAUGAAGUAUCACGCUGUUGACAGGAAUUUUAACGUGAGCUGCUUAAGCAGAAUGACUGUGAACUAUCCUUACACUACACUGAAGGAAGUUCUCGAGAGAAUUUUAACACCUAGACGUAUCGUUCAUCUUGCAAUCAAACCUUUGACACCCGAAGAAAUAUUUGAAGUGUUUGUCAUCGAUGAUAUCAAACCAAUAGAUGAUAAAGAAUGGAAGAAAUUCGAAAAAUGGUACAGCAAGUAUCCUAUGCCAAAACUGAUGAACAACUUUAAGAAGGCUAUCGAAAAAAGACUGGAGAAGGCUAAAGGAAUAAAGAAAGGAAAAUAGGGGAUAGUCCUACAAAAAUUUGUUUAAAGUCAUUAGAUGAAGAAACUGUAGAUUUUAAAAGAAUAAAAGCAUUUUGAUAAAGA